GAGCGCUUCUGCGCAUGAGCAGAGCUAUUCCAACCCGAGGUGCUUUCCUUUCCGGACAGCAGGGGUCGCUAUUCGCCACACCGCUCCCACGUUCGGCUCAUGCUAAUGACGUCAGUGACAAGAUGGCCGCUCUCAGGGAGCACUUCACGUUGUGCGGACUUCUUACCGCGGCCGAGCAUCGUACAACCGAGAUACUUGGAGUGGAAGCGGCAGGGGAGCCGGACAGGGUGUUGGUGACUGACUCUGUACAGGCCGUGACUCUGUAUAAGGUCUCUGAUCAGAAGCCGCUCGGAUCCUGGGCAGUAAAACAAGGACAAAGCAUCACCUGCCCGGCCGUAUGGAAUUACCAGUGUGGGGAAUUUGUUGUUGUUCAUGAUGACAAGGUUCUAAGAAUAUGGAGAGAAGAUGAUGUGAAUUUGGAUACAGCGUUUAAAGCCACGCUCUCGGCCGACGUCUGUCGAAUCCACACUCUGCCUGGCGCUGACCCGCUCGUGCUGUUCAGAGGAGGAGCCGUCCACUCCAUAGACUCUUUACUCGCAGCCCCCCAGCAGGAAAUUGAAAGCGUUCUGCCAGUCGGAGAGAGGAUUGUGUGGUCAGAGAUCUUUGCGGAUGAAGGGCAGCCCCUGGUGGUCUACAUUACAGAGCAGCUCUCCGAUUAUUUUGUGUACAUUCACCAGUUCAGUCCAGUUUGUGUUUGUAAAUAUCUCCUGAAACCAAACACGGAAGGUUCCACUAUCCUGGACUGUUCGGGGUCCAUGAAAAGUAAAAUAUUCACCCUCCUAACCUUAUACUCUUGCGGGCAAGUUUGCCAGGCUCCAUUCCCAGUGUCGUCCAUUAAUCAGGAAAGCGAGAGGGUCGUUUCGGCAUCACCCCUGUUGCAGCUGUCUGGCCCGAUAGAAGGGGGAGCCCUGAAGUUCCUUGAUGAGUCCCACGUAGCUGUGCUUGUGCCAUCUGCAGCCAAACAGAAAGACUGCCUCUCCGUAUGGAACACCACAUUUCAGACGUUGGCGGCUGUGAGUGAGUUCUCCCAGAAGACGAGCGCACAGCCUAUUGUUUUCCAGCUGUGGUGCUGUGGCAGCCGCCUGUAUGUGCCCCAUGGCAAGGCCUUGCUAGCGGUCCCAUAUAGCUGUGAGGUCUCCUGCUUGGCAUCUGUACUGGGAAAAAGCCGAAACCUCCAGCCUUCAGUUCUAGAAAAGAUUCCUUUAGUAAAUUGGGACACACUAGUAGGAAAGGAUCCAGAAGCCAAACAGCCCAGAAAACAGAGCAAGGAGAGAAAAACAAAUGGAAAUGCAGGAAACAGCACAGAAUGCACAGUGUACCCCUUGGAUGUACAGAAUAUUCCCCAGUCACAGACUGAAGCCCUUGUGCAGCGACUCCUCCUGGGAAAGGGAGAUACAGAUUUCCAGGUGACUGUGGGCAAAAUAACCCAGAGUUUGGUGAGGCGCUGUAUGGCUGAUCCCAAGUUCUACCCACAGAGUUCCCUUGUGCAGCUUGUUCAGACCAACACCCUGUCCUACAGUCUGUGCCCGGAGUUGCUGCCACUCUGUCUGGGGAAGAGGGACGUGCGGCUGCUUCAGCUCUGCCUCCAUUCCUUCCCUGAUGUGCCGGAAGCCAUUCUCUGCUCGUGCCUUAAGGCCUUCCUGAGUGUCAGUGAGCAAUGGAUGAACGCUGCACAGAUAGACUCGCACUCGGCCGCCGCUUAUAUUGAUGUGGGAGAUCAGACUAAAGAGCCCAAACGUACGGAGCAGCCAGAGGGGCCCCGCGUGGUACAGAAUGGCUUCAGCCCAAAUGCCCAGCAGCAGGAGGAGAGCUCGGAUGAACUGAUAGAGGAGAGUUUGCCCCAGACGGGCCAAAGGGCAACUUGCCCAAUGAGCAUUAGAAGAGCCGUGCUGGUAAACUCGGUGCUAAUGUCUCCUUACAGCGAGAGUUUCCUUCUGCCCCACCUGAAGGAUCUGUCAGGGGAGCAAGUGAUGUUUCUUCUCCGGUAUUUGCAGUACUUGCAUCUGAAGUGCAUUGGAAAUGUUACAGGAAACCUUCCAGGGAAGCACGUGCCCACUGUCAGCCAGGUAGUGGAUUGGAUGAGCCUGCUGCUGGAUGCCCACUUUGCCACGGUGGUGAUGCUCUCAGACGCCAAGGCCCUGCUCAAUAAAAUCCAAAAGAUUGUGAAGAGCCAGUUGAAGUUCUACUCGGAGCUGAACAAGAUCGAGGGCUGUUUGGCGGAGCUGAAGGAACCCAAGUGCCCCUCUGUGAGCCCCCCGGGCAGAUAUUCUAUAGAAGUGCUCCAGCUCUACUAGUGACCCCCCCCCACUUCUGUACAGACUUGCUUUAUUUCUUUGUAUAAAGUGGAAAUCUUCUCUUUCCUGGGAUUUCUGCACCCUCUGUUUCUCUUGCCAGUUGCCCUGACUUGGUGGCCCCUCUGCAGCCCCCAUGAACUGCCCCCAUGAACUGCCCCUCCUCUGCCCUGUGUGUCUUGUUCCCUUGAUAAAGAGUUAUUUGCUGUA